AUGUCCAGAGGUAGAGGUGCAAAGGUUCUCAAGGCAUAUCUCUGUCUUUUUGUGUGUUUCACGACAAAAGCACUGCAUCUGGAACUCGUUUCAGAUUUGUCUAGUGAAGCCUUUCUGGCUGCUCUGAAACGUUUUAUUGCUCGCAGAGGUAGAUGCAAUAGGUUAUUUAGUGACGGUGGUACUAAUUUCAAAGGUGCUCAACGAGAACUUCUCAAUAAUAUGAAGUACGCCGCAGAAGCUGAGAAGAUGGAUUGGGAUUUUAAUCCUCCUUCAGCUCCUCAUUUCGGAGGGUUGUGGGAAAUCGGAAUCAAAUCCGUUAAAACGCAUCUCUACAAGUUAGUUGGUGAUCAGGUGCUUACCUACGAAGAGUUGUAUACUGUGUUCGUUCAAAUAGAAGCGGUAUUAAAUUCACGGCCACUUUGUCCUUUGAGUACAGAUCCAAAUGACCUAUCUGUGCUCACUCCAGGUCAUUUUCUUACCCUCGCUCCUCUUUCCGACCUUCCUGAACCUGAUCUAUCCAAUUUAUCCAUGAACAGAUUAUCCAGAUGGCAACUGCUAACUCGGUUACAUCAGGAUUUUUGGAAACGGUGGCAUGUUGAAUACCUAAAUACUUUGCAACAACGAACAAAAUGGUUUACACCAGCCGAUUCUCAGUUAUCUAUAGGACAACUUGUAUUGAUCAAGGAUGAACAGCAACCUCCUCGACGUUGGCGUACAGCUCGCGUGGUUGAUGUUCAUCUGGGUAAGGACGGUAUAGCACGAGUGGCUACUGGUCGCACUUCUAGCGGUAUUCUGCAAAGACCGUUGGUCAAAUUAUGUCCUCUCCCAGGACAAUCAUAA